AUGCCCGAAAAAGUCUACCUGGCAAUCAAAAGGAAGAAGAGAGAACCCAAAGGACUCGACCAACCUGGCAAAGAAGCAUAUCGAUCUAAGAUCUGGCACGAAAUCUUUCAGGCCAUCUUUCCUGGCCGUCGUUGUCCUGAAUCACCCUACAUGAACAAUCAAGAGUGUGUACUCCACCUAUACAAUAUCUUCGUAACACUUGGUCCGAUCGCCCAGUUCGUAUACAACUCUCUGCUCAUAUCACAGACUGGAAUUCCAUUGCCUGAAAUGACUCGUGACGUAGUGCACGAAGCCUAUACUGUUUUUCUGGAAGAAUUCGGUGAGACUUACCUCGCAGGUACGGCAGGCACUACGAGCAGCCCCUUAUAUCACGAUCAGAUUCCAGAAGUGAGUGUCACCCCUUUUACUUCACCACCAUUGAUAUGGUCCGACAGUGACUAUAGCACACAAUCCAGCUCAUCGCAACCACUGUCACAAGAUCCUUACCAAUUCUCACAAUUCACUGAUAAUGAGCCCUUGUCUGAAAGUGUACCGACAUACCGCCCCAACUUCACCCACAACGUCCCUGACCACGCAAAUCUCGACUUCUACGCAAGUCAAAGCAUUGCAAGCACACCAGACAACCAAUCGAAUAUUGCCAUCUACCCACCAGACCUCAACGCUAUCACGGAUAGCUUGUGUGACGAAGCGCUGAGUACAAGGCACGAUACUUCUUCGUUUGACAUAUUCGAGUGCAUGAGAAAUAGAUUCGCUGGUGGAAAAGUUGCGGCUACUGCCCCUGCACUGGCGGCGUAG